AUGUUGGAGAAUGUACAGCUAUUGGACAAAUACAAUCUUAGAAAUCCUUCGAAGGGGACGCUUUACUUCGCCACAACACACCUCAUAUUUGUCGACCAUGAGAUGAGAAAAGAAACAUGGAUUCUCCUGCCACACAUAUCAACGGUGGAGCGGCUACCGAUAACCACAACGGGGUCACCACUCCUCGUCCGAACGAAGACCUUUCAGUCGGUGUUCUUCGUGAUACCGCGGGAGCGAGACUGUCACGAGAUGCACCAGACGCUAUUGCGACUCAGUCAACCAGUAAACAUUGAAGAGUUAUACUGCUUCAACUACAAAUCAACCCCCGACGAUCUACCUAAGUCAGCGGGUUGGAAUUUCUUCGACAUACAAACAGAAUACCAAAGAAUGAAUGUUCCUAACGAACAUUGGGUACUAUGUAAUGCCAACAGAGAAUAUGAACUCUGUGAUACUUAUCCCAAUGCAAUAUAUGUACCUUCGCGUGCGUCUACAACAGUUCUACUGGGCAGCGCUAGCUUCCGAUCUCGUGGUCGUCUACCUGUGCUGGCAUACUUGCAUCACAAUAAGGCAGCUAUUACAAGAUGUAGUCAGCCUCUUAGUGGAUUUUCAGCUAGAUGUAUGGAGGACGAACAAAUGCUAGAUCUGAUUAGACGAGCGAAUCCAAAUUGCGGAUACAUGUAUGUUGUAGAUACGCGGCCAAGGAUUAAUGCAAUGGUGAAUCGCGCUGCUGGAAAAGGAUAUGAAAAUGAAGCCUUCUAUGAGAACAUAAAAUUCCAUUUUAUGGGGAUUGGAAAUAUCCACGUCAUGCGCAAGAGUCUCCAGAAACUUGUUGAAACUUGCGAGCAGAAUACACCAACUAUGUCGUCGUUUUUAAGUGGUUUAGAAUCGUCUGGAUGGCUUAAGCAUAUAAAGUCAAUACUGGACACAUCCUGGUGGAUAGCGUGCGCAAUAGACAGCGGUGUGAGUGUGUGCGUGCACUGUAGUGAUGGUUGGGACCGCACUGCGCAAGUGUGCUCCUUGGCGGCUGUUUGUCUAGAACCACACUAUCGCACCAUUAAUGGAUACCAGGCAUUAAUAGAAAAGGAUUGGUUAUCGUUCGGUCACAAGUUCACAUCUCGAUGCGGUCACGUAGCUGGCGACCCCAGAGAACGUUCACCAGUCUUCACGCAGCUGUUGGACUGCACAUGGCAACUUCUGAGACAAGUGCCGGAGGCUUUCCAGUUCAAUGAGCGAUUUUUGCUGACGCUACAUGAUCAUGCGCAUGCUUGUCAAUAUGGCACCUUUGUUGGCAAUUGCGAGAAGGAUAGAAGAGAUCUUAGACUGUCAGAUCGCACUUUCUCGCUAUGGGGCUAUAUGGCCAGUCACCUGAACGAAUACAAGAACCCGCUGUAUAGUCCAAAAGCGCACCCUGACCUCUUGAAACCGGAUCUCUCUGCUCAAAGCAUCAGGUUCUGGCGUGGAAUGUAUUGUCGUCAUGAGAGUGGAGUCCAUCCUAGAGAGUCGCUUCCAGAUCUGCUACCUGCUGCUGUAGAGCACUCGGCAGCUCUGCAUCAACAUAUCGAUUACUUGGCAAAGCGAAUAACCACAUUCAAGAAACUACUCUCCGGCAAGAAAGAAAAGAAUCUUGAAUCUAGCGUGAACUAUCAGAACGGAAACUUGGAGACAGUUGAGAUUGAGACCAAAACAGCUGGACUACACAUUGAUAACAAAUUUAUAUAUGAAUCUGGCGCGAAUCUAUCAGGAAUGGAGUGUGCUAAUGAUGACCAUCCCUUGAAGGACACCAGCAGCAAUAAGCCACAGAAACCAAACACGAUACCGCUUAUAACAGAGAAAACUGACGAUGUAAUACCACCAAACUUGUCGGCGUUGGAAGCUGAAAUGAACUCGGUCGCGUUAGAUUGGAAGAGUAUCAAGAAUGUCUCUGAAUGCAGCUGUUCUACGCCCCUUGACCAUUUCAGUAGAAAGCACCACUGUUGGGGUUGCGGUGGGUGUGUGUGCACGCGUUGUGUGACCCGCGCUCCGCUCCCCGCCCUUGCUGCACCCGCGCCUGCCCCGCUAUGCGCCGCAUGCGCACCUAUCACGCCACAUUCGUACUUAAACCACCAAGAGCCCAGAAAUUGA